AGAUUAAUUGAUACACUACUAAGACAUUUUUUUGAUAUUACUACGAAGCUCACACAAGAUCAAAUUCGAUUUAUAAUUUACUAUGAUUACAAAAAAAAUUUUCACAGAAACAAUGCCUUGAAUCCGUACACAAAAGAGUUUCAAGGCAUUGUUUCUGUGACAAUUUUUUUCGUAAUCAUAGUAAAUCAGGGUGUGGGUCUGGGUCUGGGUAUGAGUGUUGGUCAAGGCAGUCUUCACUUCACAUCCCACACCCUAAUGCAUGAUAAAAAAAAUCAAUAGAAAUAAUAUUUAUUUAUUUAGAAGAUUAUUCACAUUACUUCGUAGACUUUUCUUUCAUUACGGUCCGCUAUCAAUUUCAUAACUUUCUUAUAAUUAAGGAUUUACAAUAAGCGAAUCAAAUCACAACCAAUUUUCAAUAAGAUUUUGCCAAAAAAAAUUCUAUUCACUGGAGAAGUUGACAGUAUGCAGAACUUAGUAGAAAAUGAGAGGAGGCAAAACAGACACGUCCAUUAAAGCCAUUUUUUAUUCAUUUGUCUUCUUUCAUUACAUGACUUUCCUUUGUCCUUAAGUUUCAAUAUAUUUCGAUGCAUUUUAAUUUUAUAGGAAAAAAAGUGAUGUUAAGCGUUUGAAAUAUAUCGAAUUUUGAAAAUUUCUUUUUUUAUAAAGUAGUUAUUUUUUAAUGCAAUUUUUUCUCAUGAGAAUUCACUAAUGACUGUGAUUAAUAUUCUAAGAAUAAAAAGAUUCAUUGAUUAAUUUAAAAAACAGAAUCUGCUUAAAAAUCAACUCUUAAUAUACCAUAGAUAUUUGUUUUCGAAUAAAGUAUUUAAAAAAGCUAAUUUUUAAAUUAAAUAUAAUAUUUUAAGUCAAAAAACAUUUUUUAAAAGCAAUUAGUAUAGAUUUAAGUAAAUCAAGUCGAUAUAUAAGGUAUCAUCUAACGAAGAAGUUAAAUGUAAGUAUAAACUUUUUCUUCUCUUUCGAUUUUAUUGCUGUGUUUAAAUUCAUUCAUGAAUAUAUUAGUUAUAGUAACUAUAAAAUUGGUCAAUCUGAUUAAAUGUUGUCGAUAACGAAGGAUCUAAAUCUUUAAUUGAUUUCUCAGCAUGAUUUUGUAAUGGCAAUUUCCUUCUUAGAAGUACUACUCUACAGUAUGAAUAGUGUAGUUCUAUCUAUCCUCAAUUCAAGAGAGAAAAUGUUUAAUAUUUGAUUGCUUUCAUUUCUUUUACGUUAUGAGAGAAUAAUUUCAAGUUAGGGUGUAAAUGUCACUCUUAAUCUAUGUAAAUUAACAGACGAUGUUCAUGCACUACAUUCGCAACUAUAACGUUGUAAAGUUCUCUCAAGCUUUUAAACUAUGUCACAGUCUGAGACCUGUUCCACACACAUAUAUUCUUUACAACCCAGUCCAAAAUCAAAAAAAUAGAAAAUAAAAUAUCAAUAUAAAAAACAAGCUAAAUCUCAAAUCUACCUCAAUCAAAAUCUUUAUUUAAUUUUUACUUUAUCUUCUGUAAUGUGUAGAACGUUUUCAAAACUUUAUCAAUCCAUAAUAUGAUUGUUUUUAUGAAAGUCUUGUUAGUAAAAUAGUAUUCAUAAGUCAUAUUCAUAAAAGAAAUAUUGUCAACAAUUGUUUUGAAGUAGUUACAACUGACUUUAACAACGAACUUUGACCUUAUGCGAGCUAUAAACAAUAAGAGAUUCAUUCUCAUAGCCAACUAUAACUGUUAUACAAUUUUUUCGAUUAAUUCAUACUAGUGUCGCUUCGUUCGUACUUAUACUACAGAUUCAUGUCUUGUUACUCAAUAUAUCCUCAGAGUUUUAGUUAUAAAAAGCAAGAAUUUGUUGAUAAAACUGCAACACUCUUUUUUCAUGACUCUUGGCAGUGCAAAUUUUCUUCUUACAGUCAGCUGUAAAUACUCUAAAGUAAGUUUUGAUAAUCACGGAUAAAAAUGUCAGCAUAUUAUACUGAGAAGUACGUUAAGUAUUUGACUAGUUAUUAGAGACAAAAGCACUAUGUAUAAUCUAAAAUUUCAUUAGACGAAUUCUGCCUAUACUGAGUGGAUUACAUAUCUUAUAAACAUUUUAAAAAAUCUGAGAAUAUCUCUUUUUUUUUGCUUGAGGUCAUUUUUGAAAUUUCUUUUUGCUUCAAAUUAAUAAAUUUGACUAAAUAAAUAUCUGCUCAUAGAGUAUUUUCAUAACUUCUAGAAUUUCUAGCCAGAAAAAAUGUUAUUUUGUUUUUUUCGUUAUUAGAAAUUAUUUAGAAACAGAAUUCAUUUGAAAAUUAUUUACUAUUAUAUUAUUAUGAUAAUAGUACAUUCGAAUGUCAUUCAGAAAAUCAUAGGAAAACAAACUAAAUAUUUUCAAUUUUGCUGUAACAAAUAUUUUUACGUAUGAUAAUAAUUUCUUUUCGUUGCUAAGAAAACAGAUCUAGAGACAAUUUAGAAUUCGGAAAAAAUCAAAAACAUUUCUUUUGAUAGAACUAUAAGGAGUUUUCAUCAUUUUAAUGAAAGUCUUUUUAGUCUAAUGAAACUACUCAAUGUAUAAACACGAUAUUGCAUCACAAGUAUCAAACAUGCCUGAUAAAUGAUAGUUUAUGUUUUAUUGAAAAAAGGUUAUACAAUUAAAAGAGCAGUUCAGACAGAAAUCCUAACUAAUGUAUUAUAGAGAUCAUUUUUCAACCUGUAUUAUUAAAAACUAAAGUGCACACGACUUUAAGUAUCUCGAUAUUUCAUUCCAUCAUUUUUUUUCUUCUUUCGAACAUUCUAUAUCACAUGAAAAUGUGUUGAAUAUCGCUGAAAGGAUCGUAAGAUUUCCUUUUCAAAUUCUAAUACUAAACUAGAACAUAGAAAUCACCUUAGAAUUUCAUGUUAAGCAGGUUUCUCUUCCUCGACAUCGAAAGCAUUUCCUUACGAAGUGCUUUUUUUAAAGGCUACGUUACACAAAGACUGUUUCAUUUGUAGUACUUUCUCGUGUAUGAGAGAUAAAAAUCUUUUCGACAACGACGAUCCCUUUUCUGUUUCAUUCAUUGUAGUAAUUCCUAAUAUUCCAGCCACUGCCCGAUGGACACUGAUUAGGAUCGAUAUUUGUGUAUAAAGCAGAGAUUGGCAACUUCACUAUAUUCCGCUCUAAUACCACACAGUUCUACUCCUAUAUUCUUAAAUCUCUCUUUAACUUCAACUCCUGAAUAAUUCUUCAGUUUUAGUCCAACUCCUAUUUUACAAAGCUGAAUGUCUUCCAAUGUACUCUUUAAGAAACAAAAGUUUUUGAACAUGAUUAAGUUUACGGAUGAUAUCAAUAACUAGCAAGUUAAUUUAUUCCUUUCUAAGCUUUCGCAUAAAAUCUACAAAUCGGCAACCUGACUUUAUUCCGCUCUUAUCUUCCGAAAUUAACCUUCAAUUCCACUCUAAGUUCGCUCGGCAUCUUGAUCAAUAUCAUCCACCAUUUGCCAAAUUCCACUCCAACACUUUUCUGGAUCCAUUUCAAUUCUACUCUAACUGUACCCUUCAAUUGUUCGAUUCCACUUCGAUUCCACUCCAGAUCUAUAUUAAUUUCACCGCAACUCUGAUGUGUUCUCAGAAUAUAUAUGACACUUUAGCUCAGUUGAAGUUUCUCAGGAGAAGAAGUACCACAUAAUGAUUAAAGCAAGAUCCUGAUAGGAUAUCCUCAUCAUUUUCAGAAUUUCAGAGUUUCAUAGAAUAUCUUACUUACAAGGAAACCUUCCAAGGUGCCAGAGCGCUUUUUCAGUCGAGGUUUCGUGUAUCUUGUAGCCCUUAGUGAACUGUGUCUAUGGCUAAAAAAGUUCGGAUUUCUGGCGUGUUUCUGAGGAGAAAAAAUGUUUUUUCUAUUAUAUCUAUAAGGGUAAUCUUAUCAGGAAACAGUGUUAACUCUAUGUUCUCAAGGUUUUUUGAGCUCAGACUUUCACAUUAUCUUCCACAUGAGUACAACUAUAUGUGAGAAAAAUCUCAGCUCAUUUGAACUUAUAUUCGUUGACAUAGUACUUUUUCCUGAUAAGAUUACCCUUAUAGAUAUAAUAGUAAAAACGUUUUAUCUACUCAGAAACAACCGAGAAACCCGAACUUUUUUAACCAUAGACACAGCUCAUUAAGGGCUACAAGAUACACGAAACCCCAACUGAAAAGCGUUCUAGCACCUGGGAAGGUUCCCUUGUUAGUCGCUAAGAUUCUCUUCUAUGAUCCUCAUACAAUGGUUUCAAGGUCAUUUUCACACAAGCUUACUAACAGCUUUGCAGGCCACUUUCUGGCUACCCCAUUACCACCACCCCUUCCAAAGCCCAUAAAAUCCAUAGAUCCCAAUGUUUUUCAUUAGAGAGCUUCGUUAGGAUUAACAUCUAUCUUUUCAGCAUUUCAACACCAGAAGGUAUCAGAUUACAUAGAUCCGCGUGGAAUCCUCUCAACUUUGCUCAGUUUCGUAUGCAUCCAAGCAUUCUGAUCAUCUCUCUAAGACCCUAUCAGAGUCGUUCUUCGAACACCUCCACAUAAUUUGCCAAAAUUAAGGUUUUCUAAAAAAUUAAGGGAUUAGGUUUUACAUUUUUUGUUUAAUGAUUCGAUAUUCUUCUUACAAGAUGCAGAUGAAAUCUUCUCUGACGUUCACAUAAAGUAAUCAUUCUGCAAAAAAAUUCUGAAUUCUCUUAAUUUCGAAUAAAAUCCUCAGAUCCCAAUGUCUUUCUCGGAAAAAUCUCCUUACAACAAUCUUCAGGUGUAGUUUUUUGGGUCAAAAAGAUCUUGGAAAAAACUAAAAGUGACGUAGAUGUAAGAAUCAUUAGGAAAGCCUUCUUUUCUCAUGGGAAACUAGGAAAAGACUUCUGAAUUUUUAUCUGCGGAAAGAACAGUCACGAAAGUUUUACCAAAUUCUCUUCGAAGAAGAUGAAUAUCUCCUUCAUAGCUCUUUUCCCCACGAGAGAGAGAAGAUUCCGUUAACAACGACGAUUUCUUUUCUUUUUCGUUUAUUGUAGUAAUUCCUAAUAUUACAGUUGAUGCCCAAUGGAAACAGAAUGGAGUGACUGUUGCUGGUGGUCAUGGAGAAGGCAGUGCUACCAAUCAACUCGGCGGGCCUUAUGGUCUCUUCGUUGAUGAUGAUCAAACUAUGGUCAUCGCUGACCACUCCAAUCAUCGUAUCAUCCAAUGGAAGAUGGAUGACACGAAUGGACGAGUAGUAGCUGGUGGCAAUGGUAAAGGAAAUCGAUUGGAUCAAUUGGAUCGACCAACUGAUGUGUUGAUCGACAAAGAGACGGAUAGUCUCAUUAUUUGUGACCGGAACAAUCGACGAGUUGUACGAUGGUCUCGUCGUAGUGGCACAACUCAAGGAGAAAUCCUCAUCGACAACAUCGAUUGUUGGGGAUUGGCCAUGGAUGAUCAGAGAUAUCUGUACAUCUCUGACAACGUCAGAGGUGAAGUAAGACGAUAUCAAAUAGGAGACAAGAAUGGAACUCUUGUGGCUGGUGGCAAUGGCCAAGGUGCUGGUCUCAAUCAACUCAACUGGCCGACCUUCGUCUUUAUCGAUCAACAGCAGACUGUCUAUGUGUCAGACAACAACAAUCAUCGUGUAAUGGAAUGGAAUAAAGGUGCAAAAGAAGGAAUUGUCGUCGCUGGAGGUCAAGGUCAAGGAAAUGCUCUGGCACAAUUGUCGGAUCCUCGAGGACUAUUCGUCGAUACAUUGGGUACCAUCUAUGUGGCAGAUUCGUAUAAUCAUCGAGUGAUGCGUUGGCCUAAAGGAGCGAAACAGGGCACUGUCAUUGUGGGUGGAAAUGGUUACGGAGGAGGAGCAAACCAGCUCAAGUCUCCUCAGGGUUUGUCCUUCGAUCGACAUGGCAAUCUCUAUGUCGGCGAUUGGGGGAAUCAUCGUGUUCAACGCUUUUCAAUCGAAUAG